UUCCUAUUUGUACCACCGAUGAGAGUUACUACUACUAGUUACUAGAGUAAUCUCUUUGACCUUAUUAAUUAUAUACACACUCUCUGUCACAGAAUCCUCACCAUCAUCUCUCUCCGCACCUUGUUUUGCAUAACAAUUCAUAUUUCACAACUCUAACCACUUUGCUACAUCACCAAACAUAACUGUCCCAUGAAUCUCAAUAAUGCCGCCACACACAAACACAUGAAGGACCGGUAACUACCAACAUUCAUCUCAGAAACAACAGAGACAUAGCUUUUCCUCUUAGAUGGGUAAGAAAGGAAGCAACUGGUUCUCAUCAGUGAAGAAAGUUUUCAAGUCUUCUUCUAAGGACUCGCCGGUGCCGGAAAACAAGAAGGAAAAGGAAGAGAAUUGGCAAAAUGAAACAGCAGAGGAAGUAUCUAUGGAGCAUUUUCCUGCAUAUAGUUCACCAGAUAUCACCAAUGAAGGAAGUACCACAUCAACACCAAUGACGGAAGAAAGAAACCAUGCUAUUGCCUAUGCAGUAGCAACAGCAGCGGCGGCUGAGGCUGCGGUGGCAGCUGCUGAAGCAGCUGCUAGAGUAGUGAGAUUGGCAGGCUACGGACGUAACUCUAAGGUCGAAAGAGCAGCAAUACUCAUUCAAUCACACUAUAGAGGUUACCUAGCUCGACGUGCACUGCGUGCAUUGAAGGGGUUAGUAAGAUUACAAGCACUUGUGAGAGGACAUAAUGUGCGGAAGCAAGCACAGAUGACAAUGAGAUGCAUGCAAGCAUUGGUGAGAGUACAAGGAAGAGUAAGAGCUCGCAGACUCCAAUUGACUCAUGAGAAACAUCAAAGAACAGUUGAGGAAGAACAACAACAUCAUCCUAUGACAAAUGGUUGGGAUUAUAGGCGUCAAAGUAGCCAGAAAGUCAAGGAAAAGGCUCUUCCACACACUUUCAAGCGUCAGCAACAACAAAAGCAGUAUUUGCAUAUAGAUCCAACUCCAAGUGUGGAUGAUAUUGAAAGCUAUGUGAAUGAACGUGAAAGAGCUCAAUUGGAUUGGAACUGGUUGGAACAAUGGAUGUUAUCACAAUCACACAAUGUUAAGCACUUAGGACUGGGCCCACUUGAGACCCCACCCUAUACAACCACCACUGAUGACAUGUCUGAGGAAAAGACAGUUGAAAUGGACAUGAUGGGCCUUAUGAACCAAGAAUAUCAUGAGUUAAGCCCAAUCUCUAAAUACCACCAAAGACAGCCCAGUGUACCAAGCUAUAUGGCCCCAACACAAUCUGCAAAGGCCAAGAUUCGGAGUCAUGGCCCAUCAAAGCAUCGGGCUUCGUUUGGGUCUUACUGGAGCUCAUCAACAAGGAGUCCUACAAUUGGGCUGGGCUAUGACUCGUCUGGCUCUAGCGGGGCCACGGCUGCUCAUGCGAUAACAAGAAGCCCAAGCCCAAAAAUGAAUGGGGUUCGUCUUCAAUCGAAACGGAUUUCGGGUGUUGCGGAUUGGCCCAUUCCUCCUGGAGGUCAUGGAUGGACAAGAUUUGAUUAAUCUGUUAUAUUUUUCAAAACUUGUUUUGUGUGCAUGCAUUUGUAAUUUAAUUAUUAUAUAAGGGCAGUGUAAUGUCAUGAAAUUGUAUAAACCGCAUCCCUGAAUAAUAUCUAGGUAUCCUAUUUUAUGUUAUGUCACUGCCACUCGGAAAAAUGGUCCUCCAUGUUUUUUUGUUCAUUUGGUAUAAAAUAAGUUAAUGUUUGUUUGUA